AGGACAGCGCGAGUCCUGCCUCUCUCUCCCGCUCCGGAGCGCUUUCCCAUCCGCCAAGCCCCUCUCCCAGGUGGCCAUGACCUCACUACCCGCUCGAAAGCCUGGGGUCCCUGACUUGUUUUCUGGGCUGCCGGCAGCAGCCACAACACCGGCUAACCAGAGCGCAGAGGCCUCGGCGGGCAACGCGUCGGCAGCAGGCCCCGGCGCGCAGGCCAUCACGCCAUUCCAAAGCCUGCAGCUGGUGCAUCAGCUGAAGGGGUUGAUCGUGCUGCUCUACAGCGUCGUGGUGGUCGUGGGGCUGGUGGGCAAUUGCCUGCUGGUGCUGGUGAUCGCGCGGGUGCGCCGGCUGCACAACGUGACCAACUUCCUCAUCGGCAACUUGGCCUUGUCAGACGUGCUUAUGUGUGCCGCCUGCGUGCCGCUCACGCUGGCCUACGCCUUUGAGCCACGCGGCUGGGUGUUCGGCGGCGGUCUCUGCCACCUGGUCUUUUUCCUGCAACCGGUCACCGUCUACGUGUCGGUGUUCACUCUCACCACGAUAGCCGUGGACCGCUACGUCGUGCUGGUGCACCCGCUGCGCCGGCGCAUCUCGCUGCGCCUCAGCGCCUAUGCGGUGCUGGCCAUCUGGGCGCUGUCCGCGGUGCUGGCGCUGCCUGCAGCCGUGCACACCUACCACGUUGAGCUCAAGCCACACGAUGUGCGCCUCUGCGAGGAGUUCUGGGGCUCCCAGGAGCGCCAGCGCCAGCUCUAUGCCUGGGGGCUGCUGCUCGUCACCUACCUGCUCCCCCUGCUGGUCAUCCUCCUGUCUUACGUCCGGGUGUCGGUGAAGCUUCGGAACCGUGUGGUGCCGGGUUGCGUGACCCAGAGCCAGGCAGACUGGGACCGUGCGCGGCGUCGCCGCACUUUCUGCUUGCUGGUGAUGGUCGUGGUGGUGUUCGCAGUCUGCUGGCUGCCGCUGCACGUCUUCAACCUGAUGCGGGACCUUGACCCGCAAGCCAUCGACCCCUAUGCCUUUGGGCUGGUGCAGCUGCUCUGCCACUGGCUCGCCAUGAGCUCCGCCUGCUACAACCCCUUCAUCUACGCGUGGCUGCACGACAGCUUCCGCGAGGAGCUGCGCAAACUGUUACUCACCUGGCCCCGCAAGAUCGCACCCCAUGGCCAGACCAUGACGGUCAGCGUGGUCAUCUGAUGUCACUGUGCUGGGCCUGAGCUGGAGAGUUCCAGGUUCACUGGCCUCCGAGGUCCGACUGGAGACCUUAUUUCCAGAGCUAAGCCAACACAGGGGAAAAUUUCCAGCCCAGCCCAUUUGUCUAGCGUCCUGCCUGGUUCUUGUGUCUUUAAAAAUGUUAAAUGGGCCUUGGGGUGUAGGAGGCCAGGGAGAAGGAAGAGGAUGUAUUAUUUCUUCCUUAUGUCCUUGAAAGACAAGCAGAUCUCUUUUUUCCGGAUUCAGAAAACAUUUUAGUACCAUGGUUUUCAUCCUUGCUUUCUCUGCCUCUUGCUCUGUGGUGAUGAAGGAACACUGUGGGUGGGAUUUCAAAUGGCCUUUUGGGGCUGGCAAAGGUUUUCAGUUUGCCUUUUUAAAAGAACCCAGCUGAGAUUUAAUGCCUGAUGUUUGUAAAUCAACUUGAAGCCUUGACUGUAGGAUUUCAGGUGAAUAUGUUUUACAAUCCUUAGGAUUUUAGCAUUUCCUGAAUAAGAUCAUUAAAAACAAAGGACUUUAGUUUUAGUUUUAAAACCAUUUGAGUACAAAACCAUUUACAAACUGCCUUUCAAAAGGUCUUGCUUUUUUUGCAGUGCUGAUUGAACCUAGGGCCUUGUGCUUGCAAGGCAAGCACCCUGCCAACUGAGCUAUAUCCCCAGCCCAAGGUCUUGCUUUUGUUGUCCUUUGUUCUUACUCCCCAACUACUACUUUAAAAUGACAAGAUGAAUUAGACAAUGAUUAGAUAACUAACGAGUAAAAGGUUCAUUUCACUUAAGGGGACAUAUAACUAAAGGACAUGAGAACAGGCAUUGUGCAUGUGUGUGCGCGCGCACACCCAGUGUUUGCCACAAGGCGGGCACUCAAAUACUUGACUGGUUUCCUGAAUACUCCAUGUAAACUGUAUGCCGCAGCAUUCUCUUGCUUUCUCUAAUUGCUCAAUUGCAACAUGUCAGUAGCUGUCAUCUGACUGCUCAGCACCUGCUCCUUGGAGACACUUGGAACAUAUCAACCCAGAAUAGAAGGACUAGGAGAUGUUUCCUUAAGUACAGCACAGAAAAAUUUACUGCCAUCCACAAGAUGCACAGAUCCAACACUAAUUACUGCCAGGGUUAAGGGAACGGGUGAAGACUGUUGGGCAUGAUACCAGACUGAUAAUCACCAUGUUAAUCUCCUGAGAAUUCUGUUAAGGAGGACAAGUGCUCUGAGACAGGGGUCUUCACAAUGAAUGUUGGAACAGCAGUUGGGACAGUGAGAGCAGGAGCCCUGGGAAAUGAUACACAAUAUCCAGCUGUCAGAUCAGUCCCUGUGGUCCGUGUGGCAUGAACUAGUGUCUGCAGUGACUCUGUCUCCAUCUGCAUGGGUCCAGUACUUCCCUAGCUCACUGAACAGAAGAAUCAAUGUUUCUCCUCCUCUGGGUUCUCUAACUCUCAGAAAUGAGCUCAUUCACUGGCAAGGAAAGAAAGGUUGGUCCUAGGAUGACAAGUAUUAAAUCCUGAAACCAGCGUCAGCCAUGAUGGUAGAGGACGUAUUCAUGGGGCUAGGCAGCCAGAAGAGUCUUCAGCAGUUACAUGGUUGACCUUUUCACAGCACAGGAAAGGGGAGGGAAAAGCUGACUUGGGACAAAGGACUAGGCAGUUUAAGAUGGGAGGUGGAAGCUACCUCUGGAAAUGUCACUAAUGACUUAGCCUCAUCCAAGUACUGGAGGACAAAGAAUCUGUGAUCUAAUAUUGCAUUCCACUGCCAUAGCAUAUUGUCACAGCACCAUGUCCCCUUCCCCAAAUGAGCUUAUCUCCCAGGCAUACCAGCAACUGACUCCUGUGCUUCCAGCAGUUCUGUUUCCUUGCAGGCUCAAAGUCAGAGCAUUCUUUGAUGGUUACAUGUGGAGAGUAUAGGGGAUAGGAAAUGAGUGAUUAAUUGUGGUUUCUUUCUUUUUUUUAAUUUAUUUUUUGGUAUCAGGGAUUGAAACUAGGGGUACUUUAUCACUGAGCUACACCCCCAGCCCUUUUUAU